CUCCCUGGAGCCAGAGCUGCUGCUGCUCCUUACCUGUCUCCUGUCGGAGCAGAACCUCUGCGGCGCGGCCACCACCAUCCCCACCAGCUCGUGGGGGGAAGCAGACCUUGCCCCCGAGGCCACGGGAGGGAGAAAGGGGACACAGGCAGGGGUCCUGCAGGACCCGGUGAUGACAAGUUGUCAGGCUUCCCGGAGGUGAUCGAGCCCGGGGAACGCGGUAUGUAGCGCCUAGGGUGCCGUGGGUCCCGCCGGGCACCUUUAGGACGCUUCCCAAGCGCGGCUCACAGCACACCUGCCACCCAGGCACUGCUCACCCCACCCUGCAGGGCAUGGCAGAGGCGGGAGGGGUCCCCUGCCCUGGGGCUGCCCCGGGCCAGCCCUGCGUGUUCAAGCUGGUGCUCUUGGGGAGCGGCUCCGUGGGCAAGUCCAGCUUGGCUCUCCGGUACGUGAAGAACGACUUCAAGAGCAUCCUGCCCACCGUGGGAUGUGCGUUCUUCACAAAGGUGGUGGAGCUGGGUGCCGUGUCUCUGAAGUUUGAGAUCUGGGACACGGCCGGCCAGGAGAAGUACCACAGCAUCUGCCACCUGUACUUCCGGGGCGCCAACGCCGCGCUCUUGGUAUACGACAUCACCAGGAGGGAUUCCUUCUGCAAGGCGCAGCAGUGGCUGCAGGACCUCGAGCGGCAGGUCCCCGCCGGGGAGGUGGUGGUGAUGCUGGUCGGGAACAAGACGGACCUCGGCGAGCAGCGGGAGGUGACCUUCCAGGAAGGGAAAGAGUUUGCAGAGAGCAAGAGGCUGCUGUUCAUGGAGGCCUCUGCCAAGCUAAACCACCAGGUGACGGAGGUCUUCAGCGCUGUAGCCCGGGAGCUGCUGCGGAGAGAAGAGGGGAAGCAGGGCCGGCCGCAGAGCGGGGAGGCCGGGCUGGCUCGGAGCGGGGUGCCCGCGGGGCUGGCCAGGUGCUGCGCCCAGUAGCAAGAGCCGGGCCGCCCGGGGCAUGCAGAGGACGCCCCCUGGGGAGCCCCUGCCACCGCCACCGGCUCCGAGAGGUCCCGGAAGCUGGCAUCCCGGAGCGUCCCCACUCCCGAAGCCGGAGGGAAUCACUCAGGAGCGGAUCCGCGCCGAAGGCCGUCUAGGGGCGAUGGAGGGAACGGUCACCUUUUAGCGUUCGUGCGCCCUGCUCCUUGGCGCCCGGGAAAGCUGUACUUUCAAGGUCAAAAUGACCCGGCAAAACUUUUCAAAGCAAGGCCACGAUUUCUGCCGCGAGCCCACAGUGUACACCGGCCUCAUUUAAAAAAUAAUAAUAAAUUUAAAAAUAUAUAUAUAUAAUACCCAACAAGGAGCAUUCCCCAUAUAAAGAUAAGAAAAAGAAAAAAAAAACACCUCCCUAGUUCCUAUAAAGAUGAAAGUCACAGAACCUCGCACACACUGGAAACAUAAGAUAAAAACCUGCACCUUUCUGGAAUGUCCUUUGUCUCGACGGUUUGUGCGUAGCUCCUCAUGUAGGAGAACUAGGUGACCCUGCGCCGGAUGUUCCAUCCCGGGAGCACGCUUUGCUUUGCGGAGCUGGAGUGUCCGGGGCAGCUGUCCCCACUCGGGCUCCAAUAAAUGUCUUUUUUUUUUUCUCUUUAACAAUU